AUGCCCACUGCUCCCACCAUCUCCAGACCCCUCGAGCCCAGUCCUUCGACCGUGCGGAGUCCAUCUCGUUCUCGAUCCUUCGGCUCGACAUCCCAACCUAGAAUCCCGGCAGGGGCAUGGGACAGCCAUAUGCACAUCAUCGAUACGAUCCGGUAUGCGCUCCCCGAGAAUGCCAAACCAGUCUCUCAUCAGGCCACAGUGCGCCAGGCCCUCGCCAACGCGGAGCACCUGGCAUUGCCCAACAUGGUCCUUGUCCAGUUGUCCAACUACGGCAACGACAACAGCUGGGUGCUCGAUGUUCUCGGCGAACUGGGGCCCGCCCGGAGCCGAGGUGUUGUCGUAUUCGACCCUGACACGAUUGACUCACGCACUCUUCUCCAGUGGCAUCAGCUGGGCGUUCGAGGCGUUCGGCUCAACCUGAAAUCUUCCAACUCCGUUCUGUCGAAAGCAGAGAUUCAGGCCACACUACGCAAGUACGCCGACAAGCUGCGACCCAUGAAGACAUGGUCGAUCGGGUUGUACGCCGACAUGGACGUUCUAGAUCACGUUCAGCCACUGAUCCCCGAACUCCAGGUCAAGGUGGUCCUGGAGCACUUUGGCUCUCCAACUCGCCUCCCGCUGAACCCGGCUGACCAGCCUGGAUGGGAAGCGCUUAGGACUAUGAUGGAGGACCCUCGCGUUUACGUCAAGAUAUCAGCACCGUAUCUUUUCUCAAAAGAUACGGAAUUCGCCGACUUGGAGACGCUAGCAAAGGCGCUGUUCGGGAUGCGAAACGGGGAUGGCGUCGUGUUUGGUUCUGACUGGCCGCACACCAUGUCACCGGGCUACGAUGCGGCGCGUUUCAGGGACAAAGUGGUGGAGUGGUGUGGAAACGAUCAAGUACUUCUGGAGAAGCUAUUUCUACGGAAUGCCCAGAAUCUAUGGGACGUUGAAUAG